UUUCGUCCUCGUUGUGGAAGUGUAGUAUUUUAAAAGUCACUUUAACAUCUACGAUGCUCCAUUCCUUCGCCCAACAAGAAAUAUUUUUAUCUUUUCCCACCUAAUUUAUUAUAUCCCUAAAUCCCCCUUUUUUCUCCUCUAUCUGUAAACCCACAUUGAAUUUAUUGUCUAACAAUGCUCGGCGUUGAGUUAAGGAUCUCUACCGUCGCCGGAGUUUUGACGGAUCUACCGGAAACAAGUCACCGGAGUGCCAGCUGGAACUGUAACUCCUCGAUUCGAAAUAUCUCAUAUCAUCUCUCUUCCAGAAAUAGACAUUGCAGAAAGUCUAGAUUCAUGGUAAUCUGUAGCAAGUCAUCACGCGGAAGCUUUAAUCGGAAAUCUAAUCAGAGUGAUGAACCGGGUGAUGAUUAUAUUGAAGCUGUCGUCCUCGUUUCAGAGACUAUGAAGCACUACAAAAUGCAUAUGGGUGGAUUUCAAGAAGAAACAAGAUGGCACUCAUCUGCUCACCUGAUUCCCUCUUCUUUUCACCCUAAGGAUCGUAUCGCUGAUACAUCAUCUUUAGGGACAGGAUUUCUUCGCCGCUUCAAGAAUCCAACUAUUUUUCUUAAGAUUUCCUGUGAUGCAGAAUAUGUCUUACCAAUUAUUGUUGGAGAACAUGCUGUCGAAAAACUUAUAGAUUCAUUGCAUGAGGAGGAGACUGAGGAUUGCCCCAACGAGUUCCUGCUUUUGAGGAAUCUAUUGUUGAAAUCUGGCUAUGAAGUUAAAAUGGUGAAGAUUACAGAAAGAGUGACUAGUACUUAUUUUGCCCGAAUAUUUUUCCACAAGGCAGGGGAAAAAGAUAUUUUUAGUGUGGAUGCUCGUCCCUCAGAUGCCAUUAAUGUUGCCAGAAGAUGUAAGGCACCAAUAUUUGUGAAUAAGCAAAUUGUCUUGACUGAUGCAACAAGAAUAGGUUAUGGAAUGGACCGAUCUAGCAGAAUUAAGUCCACCUAUGAUGUAUUAUUAGAUAGUGCAUCAGAUGGCCCCGAUUUACUUUCUGAAGAACUUAGUAUGCUGAGAAAUAUGAACUUAGCAGUGAAUGAGGAGAGGUACAAUGAUGCAGCUAUGUGGAAGGACAAACUGAUGAGACUUCGUGAGUUCCAGACAUGAGCUCUACAAUCUUUCUCCAGAAAUAAAAUGUAAAUAUUCCUGCUGGAUUGAUGGCAGCUAUGACACUGCGCUGUAUUUCAACAUCACAUUAACAAAUGUUUCAAGGAAUCAAUAAUCUUCAGGGAAGUUUGAAAAUUAUUGGUGUGUACAUGUUCCCCUUGUUUUAGAAAUCUUGAAAAGUAAAUGCCUUACCUACGUUGUGUCAGUUGGGUUUUUAUCUAGCUAACCCAACAAUGCAACCUCUAGGUAAAAAUGUAUAUAGUUUGAUUGUUGUGAAGAAUAAAUCAACUAUGUGAGAAUAGCAUGUGCACAUUCAAGAUGAACUCCUUUUGCGCCAACAAUAAUAGUACUAAACUAUCGAACGAAAAGAGAUGAGAUCAAGCUUUGAAGUUGGUAGCUGAAAGAAAGCUGUCUGUGAAGGUCAGCAAAGACGAGAGUUUAUUUAGCGCAAAUCAACAAAUAUUGCAAAGAUGACACGACUUAAAAGCCAUGUGGUGAUAUAUUUACCAUGACACACAGAUGGUGUCUUUCCUGUGCCUCUCAUCACCACUCAUAGAUAGUUGUAUAUAAGUUAAGAGAAGGGGCUGGAGUGGCUAUGCUCAUGUUAUAUGUUGUACAUUUGAUUCCAUCCAUAUUG